UGAUAAUUAGGUGGUGAAAUGGACGGCGUUUGGCGGCACUCUUAAAACACACGGAGGAUGGACUCGGCCCGUAGUGGAAGUAUCUGUAGACAUUUCCUAAAUGGAUAUUGCAGAUUUGGAUCAAGAUGUAAUUAUCGCCAUGAAUGGCCAGAUAUAAUACCAUCGCAAAUAUGCAGAUACUUUCAGAAAGGUGGAUGCUGGUAUGGUGACAGCUGCAGAUAUCUCCAUGUCCCUCAACCUGAGGUUGAUGCAGCUGCUGCAGGUCGAAGAGGUUCAGAACCUACUGUGUCCGCCUCCAGUGUGGCUUAUACUCCAUCUGACAGAAGAGGGUCAGAGCCUGCUCUUCUGCAGUCUGGGGUGACGUCCAAGCAGGAAUGCAGCAGAUCACAGCUGUUUCCUAUCUCAAAUCCUCAACACAACAGUGGGCGCCUGGCAGUAGAUAUUGAAGAGGAACAAUCACAAGAUACUGACACUCCUAUCAGUGCUUCUUGGGAAUCUGUCCAUAGCUCAGAAGUUGCUCAAGCAUCUGCAUCUGACGGAGGAAAUGAGCAGGAGACUUCUUCCAAUGAGACGACAGAAGACGGUGCUGCUGCUGCAGCCUCUAGUACCCAGGGGAAUAUAGAGGAAAUGGAGGCCUUCCUCCAGAGUCAAAAUGUGACCUGUGGCAUCUGCAUGGACAAGGUGUAUGAAAAGACACCAGGAAACCAGGUUUUUGGAAUCUUGCCAAACUGCAAUCACGCCUUCUGUUUACAAUGCAUUAUGACCUGGAGGAAAACAAAAGACCUUGAGCCGGAUGUGGUCAAGAGCUGCCCCCAGUGCCGAGUGAGGUCUGCCUUUUAUGUGCCUAACAAACACUGGGUUGAAGGACAGGCAAAGGAAAGCUUAGUUGCUGCCUUCAAAGAAAAAUUCAGUAAGAAAAGAUGCAGGUAUUAUUCGCGCUACAGAUACUGCCCCUUCAAAACAGACUGCCUUUAUCGGCAUGACAAAACUCCACGCCGCGGGUCAUUUCCGUAUUUUACAGAAGAUGAAGAAUUUGACGUAGAUCUGGUCAGUCGUUUCAUCGCCAUGACCCUUCUCGGUGGUUAUGAUGACGACAGCGACGACGAAGAUGAUUACUCUAGCUUUGCUAUAUUCCUACCUGAGGAGUAUCGUGUCUGAGCUUUUUCUUUCUUUUUGUCAGUGCCUGAAACCACUGAACGGGGCCCUCCUUGUAAAAUUGGCCCCCAGAAGAGCAUAUGGCUGUGUUAUGACCCUUCUGUCAGUACUGAAACUUCUUGAGUAGUCAUGAUCAAGAUUCAGGAUGUCAACAUGCCCCAUGGAGAGCCCAGUGUGUUAAGGUUUUUAAUCCCAGUCAGACUACAGCAGGUGAUUUUACCGACCAGCCCUCCUUCAGCCAGAGAGGAUCUAACCUGUGAAAUCACCUGCUACUGUUUGGAAACGAGGACGUGUACACUCAGCUCUCUAUGGCACAUGGUCUGUUGCCCUGUUUUGAUGUACGCAUCCCCAAUGUGAUGCAUCUUUAAUCUCUGUCUUACGGUGUUAUCUAUCUUUGCAUUUAUUCCACUCUUGUGGCCAAAAUGCUUAAAACAUGUUGCCGAUAGUUAAUUUUCCUUCUACUUGCGAUUAACGGGAGUGCUCAACUCUGACUUCUCUAAGCGAUUUGCACCAUUUUGAUAUUUUAAAGAUUUGUGUGGAUGGUAGUUUUAAUUGUCUAUAGAUAAAAAGUAUGCUGUACCACUUGUCGCCGAUGUCCACUACUAACGACAGGCUACCUCAAGUGAUAGACACCCUUUUCCUAGUUUUGACAAGGUCAUGAAAUGUCAAGAUUUUAUUCCUUUUUUUAAACAAGUUGUACUUGUACACAGAAAAUAAAACAUU